AAGGGCGAGAUGAAGACCUUCUUCCCCGAGGAGGUGUCCUCCAUGGUUCUGACAAAGAUGAAGGAGACCGCGGAGGCGUACCUGGGCAAGACAAUAACAAACGCCGUCAUUACCGUGCCAGCUUAUUUCAAUGACUCUCAGAGGCGGGCGACAAUGGACGCCGGCACUAUCGCUGGCCUGUGCGUCCUCAUGAUAAUAAACGAGCCUACGGCCGCUGCGAUAGCCUACGGUCUCGAUAAGAAGGGUGUGGGCGAGCAGAACGUCCUGAUCUUCGACUUGGGCGGUGGUACCUUUGACGUGUCGAUUCUGACGAUCGAGGACGGCAUCUUCAAGGUUAAAUCCACCUCCGGCGACACGCAUCUCGGCGGCGAAGACUUCGACAAUCAAAUGGUGACCCACUUCGUGCAGGAAUUCAAGAGGAAGUACAAGAAGGACCUGAGACCCAACAAAAGGGCUCUGAGACGCUUGAGGAUCGCCUGCGAGAGGGCAAAGAGAACGUUGAGCUCGUCAACGCAGGCGAGCAUUGAGAUCGACUUGUUGUUCGAGGGUAUCGACUUCUACACUUCCAUUACUAGGGCUAGGUUCGAAGAACUCUGCGCAGAUAUGUUCAGAAGCACCCUUGAGCCUGUAGAGAAGGCGCUCAGGGACGCGAAGAUGGACAAAGCUCAAGUUCACAGCAUUGUUCUAGUCGGUGGUUCUACUAGGAUACCAAAGAUUCAGAAGUUACUUCAAGAUUUCUUCAACGGCAAGGAACUGAACAAGUCUAUCAAUCCGGACGAGGCUGUUGCCUAUGGCGCGGCAGUUCAGGCGGCAAUUCUGCAUGGAGACAAGUCCGAGGAGGUCCAAGAUCUGCUUUUGCUGGACGUGACUCCGUUGUCGUUGGGUAUCGAGACCGCCGGUGGCGUCAUGACUGCCUUGAUCAAGAGGAAUACAACAAUACCAACGAAACAGACCCAGACGUUCAAGACCGCGGAAGCCUCGCAGCAGCAAGGAAGAUCCGUGGGAGGCCAAGGCACGGGACCGAGCUCGGAUCCCCGGGACGAGAACGCCGAAUUCCAUUUUCUUCCCGGUUUUUUACUUUGGACACAUACAGACUAUUCUAUAGGCUCUUUACUUUCGAGACCUGCUGCCGGUGGCGUCAUGACUGCUGUGAUCAAGAGGAACACAACAAUACCAACGAAACAGACCCAGACGUUCACCACGGACUCCGACAAUCAACCGGGAGUGUUUUUCGAGGUUUACGAAGGAGAGAGAGCGAUGACGAAAGAUAACAACAUUCUCGGCAAAUUCGAGCUGACGGGUAUACCUCCGGCGCCUGGGGGCGUACUGCAAAUCGAAGUCACCUUCGAUGUCGACGCUAAUG